CUCCAGCAGAGGCGAUGGCCUUUUUGUCAAGAGCUCUCUUGUCUUCGCACAGGACACUCUGUCGCAUUCACAAUCGUGACAGUGGCGCACAAAAGAGGAGAGGGAUGCCGUUUAAAAGGCUCUAUUCUUCCCCGGAUGGGUGGUGACCGUGGGUGCCUUGAGUGGAUCAUUCAUUGGAAAAGUAGGAGAAGAACUUGCAAGACAGGGGAGAAGGCUGUCAUUUGGGGAUUUGUUUUGAGUCCUGUACCUGUUACAGUGAUGUGACGUCUCAGAGAACAAACUUCUAAAGGAUGCCGGCUGAUAACUUGACAAACAUGGAGGAAAAACUAUGGAUAUUGGAGGAUCUCAAUAUGAUGUACAUCCGACAGAUUGCUCUCAGUUUGCAGGACAGCGACAUCCAGAAAAAGAUUGACCAUGAGAUCCGGAUGCGCGACGGAGCCUGCAAGCUGCUGGCGGCCUGCUCUCAGCGAGACCAAGCCUUGGAGGCGGCCAAGAGCCUGCAGACAUGCAGCACUCGUAUCAUGGCCUACAUGUCAGAGCUGCAGAAAAUGAAGGAGGCGCAGGUCAUGCAGAAGGUGACGCGGAGGUCGUCUGAUGCGGGGUCCAUGGAUGACAGGCUGCCAUGCAAAGGGAAAGUAGCCAUAUCAGAUCUCCGUAUACCGCUCAUGUGGAAAGACACGGAGUACUUCAAGAACAAAGGAGAGCUCCAUCGCUGUGCAGUGUUUUGCCUGCUGCAGUUAGGAGGCGAGAUCUUCGACACGGACAUGGUGAUAGUUGACCGCACGCUCACGGACAUUUGCUUCGACAACACCAUUGUAUUCAGUGAAGCAGGCCCUGCUUUCGAGCUGCGUUUGGAGCUGUACAGCUGCUGCUCAGAGGACGACUUCUCAGCGGGAAGUACGCCCAGGAAGCUAGCCAGCAAGCUGAGCUCCUCUUUGGGUCGCUCAGCUGGGAAGAAACUGCGAGCGGCUAUGGAGCCUGGCCCGUGCAGCCCAGUCAGUAAUGGGGGAGCAUCUCCUCUUCUUCUGCCGGUUCCCUCUGUACCGGGGCCUAAGUACCACCUGCUGGCUCAUACCACCCUGUCGCUCUCACACGCGCAGGACAAUUUCCGCACGCACGACCUCACCAUUUCAGGCAACGAAGAGUGUUCAUAUUGGCUGCCUCUCUAUGGAAGUGUAUGUUGCCGCCUUGCAGCCCAGCCUCAGUGUAUGACCCAGCAGAUGAUGAGCGGACCUUUGAAGGUGUCGCUGGGAGCCGGACCUCACAAUUGGACUAAAGUGUAUGCGGUCCUGAAAGGAACCAGCCUCUCCUGCUAUCAACGACAAGAAGACGUUCAGGCCAGCGUCGACCCGGCUUUCACCAUCGCCAUUAACAAGGAGACCAGGAUACGUGUGUCGGAGAAGGACGCGCAGGGCAAAGCUCAGAACGUUUGUAUCAGUAACCAGUACGGCGGCGAAGACGUCACACAUACGCUGACUACAGACAGUCGGGAGGAGACGCACAGAUGGAUGGAGGCUUUCUGGCAACACUUUUAUGAUAUGAGCCAGUGGAAGCAGUGCUGUGACGACUUGAUGAAAAUUGAACAGCCGUCACCACGGAAACCGGCCCCCGUCACGCCGAAGCAGGGCUCCCUUUACCACGAAAUGGUUAUUGAGUCCUCAGAGGAGUUCGGCAGCAGCGUUUCGGAGCUGUUGGCUCGGAGAAUGCGAGAGUUGGAGCUGCGCAGCCAGCUGGGCGCCUCUCCCACCUGGAUGUCCCUCUUCGAGGAGGACGCCGGUCAGCGGCCGUGCCACGAUGCCCGUCGCCUCUCCCCGCGGGGCCUCCCGUCCUCAGACGCCAGCCUAACGUCAGACAGCGACCGCAGCGUCAGCCCCUGCUCCCGACACGGCUUCUCGCUGUCCCCGCCCUCCUCCCGCAUGAGGCCGCGCACGCUGUCGCUGGACGCCAAGCUCAGCACGCUGCGGGGGAGGGGCUACGGAGGAACCGCCGCCUUCCGGUGCCCCUGCCGACCUCCCUCUUCAUCGCCGCUGUCCCAGCGGAGCACGCAGACCACGCUGUCCUCCUCCAGCUCCACAUCAACCUCCAGCAGCAGCUCCAGCAACAGCGAGGGUGGCGGGGGACACAGCCCCGAGUCGUCCGAGUGCACCGCCUUCUCGCGACCCUCGCCGGCCAGACGCAGCCUCAGGAACCUCAGGGCCAGACUGGACCCCCGAAACUGGCUCCAAAGUCAGGUGUGACCUCAAUCCUGGGAGGUGCUUCCUACCAGACUUCUAACAAACCGCCUGGAAGCACCUGCCUACCUUUCCCCAAUUCAAACUGGAAGCUACUUUUUCCAUCCUUGCUUCACUCACAUUGUGUCAUAUAUGUUCAUUCGUUCAUUGUUGGGACUAAAUCAAAUGUUUUUUUUACUCUAUAACAAACUCUUUGUAUGCUAGCAAUACAAGUGAGCAUGUGAUGGAAUGCAGUGUCCAAAUUACUGUCAGAGGGCCGUUGCGUAUGGUAAAAUAAUUGGACGGUGGUGCCUUGUGAGACUAGUGACUCGAUUUAUGAAAUUUUUGAUUUUUUUCUUUUUAAUUGAAAUGAGCAAAAGAUAUGUCAGGGUACGUUGGCUGUGAACUCAACUUUAACUCAUUAGCGAGCAUUGACGGCGAUAGAUAAAUGUCAUUGUUUUUAAAUGUCAAUCUAUCCUCAUCUUAAUGAUUAUGAAACAUUACAAAAUGACCAAGUGGAAACUACCAGUUAGGAAUAUGACUGCUAUGUCGUAGCUAUGACGGAGUAAUAACAGGGAAGGUCAGAAUUUUUUACAUUAGGCUUAAUCUUCAAGUUAGCGGGGGUUUAAGUAGUCAGUGGAGUUGAUUUCAACAAAUUCUGUGCACUUAGUUAGUAGUUUCAGGGCUACGAAGUGGCUAAGCUAGCGCGAGUCAAUGGGCCCGUCCUAGCAUUCCAAUAAAAAACAACAUAUGCACGUAUGAAAAUCACCGAUGACCUAUGCAACCAAUUGUGUUGGUGAUGUUUUCAGAAUGAAGUUAUUAAAACUUACCAUUAUUGCAUGUCAAUAACUGUAGUAUAAUCGGCAACAUUUGUAAUCUAGCAGCUCUGUAAGUAACAGGCUACGGAGCGGAGUGACAUUUUUUCCACCAGUGUGUUUUUCGUAGCCAGCAGAAAGUAUCCACUGCUUGUAUUGUUCCUGGUUCUUCAUAGGAAUUUUGUGGAAACUUUCAUUUGCCCAUUCCUUCUGUUUCCACAGCCUCUAAAUGCACAUUUCAACAUGUUGACGUUCUUCAGUCAAGACUAAAUGGACUAAUGCUGCAUUCGAGGAAGUGAGAGUUUUCCAACCUCUGACCAGGAAAUCAUUGGAACGGCCCUCGAACUGGGUGGCCCUAAAAAAAAAGUACCCCGACUUCACGAGUUUCUUCAAUCAGACAUCACUCGACAAAAUGCGCUGCCUGUUGAAAAGCAAACAGUCAAUAGUAAAACUAAACAAGGCAGUUUACAGUGUGGUCUAUUCACCUUGGCCAUCAUUUUUCCUCCACUAUUUGAUCUAAAAAUAUAGUUGUGCAGAAAUAACUGAAUUACAGCAGUUUGGUUUGAAUUGUUAUGGUCGCAUGGUGUAUUUUGAACAACGAUCUGCUAUUUUAAUUUAUUGGACUAUGUUAAAUCUUUUUUAUUGGCAUGCUAAGACGAGACCAUUGACUCGUGCUAGUUUAGCCACUCUGGAUCCUUGAAAUCAACAAAUAACUAACAAACUGCACAGAAUUUGUUGAACUCAACUCCACCGACUAAUUAAACCCCCACUACCUCGAUGAAGCUUAAUGUCAAAAGUUCUGAACUUCCGCUUUAAGGCCAAACAAAGAUGAAACAGAAGUACGAGAUUGAAUUAUCAAGAAUGAAGAUGAAAGUCAUACAGUAUGUUGUACUACUACGAGAAAAAAAGUUUUUGUUAGAUAAUUUGCAUGGAAUGUUGUACAGCUAGUUUAGAUACGUUACAGCGAACGGCCUCUGUUAAAAUGAACAAAUAAAUUGGGAGUUACAACAAAUUAUUGGCAUAAAUCCUUAUAUAGAUUAUAAUUUGUUCGUUUAAAAAAAAACAGCCUCACAAGAUGCUUUCAAUAAUAGAGACGAAGGGCCACAUAACGUAUGUAGUAGCUAAUUUAGCCAAAUUAGCUGCAUCCAUUAAUAUUACGUAAAAAAGGUAGUAUCACAACUUUAAUCUUGUAUUACGUAACAUUACGAUUUGUUUUUUUAGUUGGGAUGUGUUGUGAUAUUACUACUUUUUUCUCAUAAUAUUAAGACUUAAAUCUGUUUUGUUUUUUUUGUUUUUUAUAACGUAUGACUUUAUUUUCGUAACAUUACAACUUAUUUGCUUCUAAUGUUGCAAGUAUUACAAUGUUUGACUAAUCUUGUAAUACUCGUGAUACCACGUAAAAUUGCACAUUACGAUAUUUUCUCAUUAUACAGUGGGGCGAAUAAGUAUUUAGUCAACCACCAAUUGUGCAAGUUCUCCUACUUGAAAAGAUUAGCGAGGCCUGUAAAUGUCAACAUGGGUAAACC